AUGGGUUCUCUCACGUCCAACUACGGUCAUAUUCUUCUGAACGAAACGACCGCCCUAAGCCCGUUGAAAAAAGUCUGCAGCAGAAAGCCGCUCGCAAAACCCCUUGCUGCCAUUUCCAAUCGCCUCCAGUCAUUAACGCCUCAUGAGAAUAUCUAUACGCUUCCGAAUAUCCUCACUUUCUCACGUCUUAUCGCCGCGCCCUUCAUCGGAUACCUUUUCGUGCACGAGCAAUACGCUUGGUCCCUAGGUCUUUUCGCAUAUGCUGGUCUGACGGACUUGGUGGAUGGAUACAUAGCACGGAAAUGGAAAAUGCAGACCGUUGUUGGCACAGUCAUAGAUCCUAUGGCUGACAAGGUCCUAAUGACCAUCUUGACUGUGUGCCUGGCUGUGAAGGGAGCUUUACCCCUUUGGCUCGCAACCCUGAUCCUUGGCCGGGAUGUCGGGCUUGGCCUCGCUGCCAUUUACUACCGAUUCAUAUCCCUGCCAGAGCCCAAGACGUUCGCCCGCUACUGGGACUUUUCCAUCCCCAGUGCCGAAGUCCAUCCCACAGGGAUCUCCAAAGUAAAUACAGCACUUCAGCUUGCGCUCAUCGGAGCUACUACGGCUCUACCUAUUGUCAGUGCAAGCAUCGAUAUCAUGCCCGCCAUGACUGCGCUCCAAUAUACCGUGGCGGCCACCACCAUCUGGAGUGGCGCAAGCUAUCUUUAUACCAAAGAUGCGGUUAAAAUUUUGACGCCGGAAGAGACAGAGGAGAGAAUUGCAAGGGCUAAAGCAUCAAAGGAUACGAAACAAGCUUCGGAUAGAAAGUGA